GACAGGUCCGACAGGUAACCGAACAGAUGACGACAGGUACCGACAGGUAACCGACAGCCAAUCAGAAGUGAUCUCAGUAACAACAAAGCAGACGUCUCUGCAGCCUGAUGGACGUAGACGUCCUGGAGUUCAAAGUUCCUGAGGACAACAACAAGACUCUGUUUGUGUGGGACAUCCAGCCGUGUCACACUGAGUCCCAGAUCUAUGAUGGGCUGUAUGGUGUGUUCUCGUCCUUUGGUCCUCUCUACCUGCUCAAGGUGUGUCCUAAUGCUCCGCUCAAUCCGCCCGGGUUCUACGCCCUCAUCAAGUUCUACUCUGCUGCUCAGGCCUCAAAGGCACAACGGCAGACUGACGGACACUCGCUGUUCCAGAGCUCUCCACUCAAGGUGAGGCUGAGCACCAAACACACUCCUCACUUCCUGUCUGACAGCAUCAGACCACUCAGCCACGCCCGCUGCCUGGAGCUGGCCAAUCACUGCCUGGGAUUCAACGGCUGGACCUCUGACAUUAUCACACUGAAGGAGCUCACCAACAAAGAAGAAGAAGCGGAGAAGGAGGGUGGAGGCAGGUGGAGGACGCUGAGUUUCGGCUGUGUGGUGCAGCUCUCCUUCCCUCAUCAUAGACAGAUGACCAGAGCAGCAGCAGUGGUAGAGGACAGCUUCACCUGCACAGGUCCAGAUGUUCUCCUACAGAAACGUUGUAAACUACAGAAGCUGGUCAGGGACAAAGCUCUGGUCCAGGCCUUCACUGCAGUACUACUCAUACUACUAGGUAAUGGAAAAGUCAUGGUGGAGGUGAAGCAGACCUCAGAUCAGUUCCUACUUGAGCAGACUGACGGAGUCCUCCAGGUGAAUGAGUUUGCUCCCGAUGAAGAGGAGGAUGAAGAGUUGGAUCUGACCGUGUCAUAGAAACCCAGAGGAUUGUGGGUGAACAGUGGUGCAUGAUGGGAAGGGUUCACGU